CCGCCCCUCGGGGAAAUCCAAGGUAGGCUACUGCAUACUCGUGUCUGAGGUGAUACAGACUCACAACAGAAACCAUUAAUUAAGGCACGGAAGCUAAUGCCCGAAAAGAUGUUAAAAGCUGGACUAAUCCUGAGCUUUCUGCUGCUGGGAAAAGUGUCUUGUUACUCUGAAGGAGCUAGGCUUGGGCCAUUUUGUGAAAAUAUGGACAUUGAUCAUACCUGGAGUGGAGCACCUGAAGAAGACCCGAGGCCAUUUCAAAUUAAAAUUGUACAUAAUGAGAAGGAAUUUUUUGAUUAUGUCCAUCUUAAUGGAGGUGAUGAGGUGGAAGUGGCUCUGGUCUCAGAGAUUGAUAUUAGAGGAUUCAUGAUGGAUGGACGGGAUGAGGCAGGAAAUCCUGCAGGGUGUUUUGUAGGAUUAGAGAGUCCAGACCUACACAUUUUGUUGGAUUGCAAGGGCCGUCAGCACACAACUAUGACCCAACGUGAUAAUCGGGCACAAAGACGCAUGGCUGGCCGAUGGACAACCCUCAGCCCUGGGUUAUUCACUUUCAAUGCUGCAGUUGUUGCAAACACAAACUAUUGGAAAAGAAAGACAAUUGUCCUACCCAGCACAACUCCAGCUACAACAACCACGUCUAUGACGGAAAAACCCACAACUCAGCCCACAACUUCAUCAACAACACCUACAAAAGCUACAACAACCACGUCUAUGACGGAAAAACCCACAACUCAGCCCACAACUCAGCCCACAACUUCAUCAACAACACCUACAAAAGCUACAACAACCACGUCUAUGACGGAAAAACCCACAACUCAGCCCACAACUCAACCCACAACUUCAUCAACAACACCUGUUGUAGGAGGGGAUCUUGGAGGGGGUAAUGAGAAUGGUGGAGGGGCUCAACACACCACAACUGUCCAUCCGUGGAUUUCCUCUCCAGGACCAACCCCGCAUCCAGGGUGCCAACAGGUUGCUGAUGUGGCUUUGCUGAUUUCACACUUCCUCAAUCUUUGGGGGGCACUUUUCCUGUUGGCCUGCAACUUUGAUUUAAUCACACUUUUGGCACACAGGCUGUACUCACUUCUCUCCCUCUGUGCAGCCAGCGUCGCCUUGGUUUUCUCCCUUCUGUGUGCUGAUCUGAAUGUGUUUGCCGUCACAGGUGUUGUGGUGUUUUUGAGCCUCACACAAACAAUCAUCACUUUUACCCUUUGUGAGCCAAACCACGAACUGAGGGAUAUCAUGAUGUUGGGCCUCAGGACUCUGGCCGCCUUUCAGACAGCUCUCACAGUUGCAGCCAUAUUUAUGGACCGUUGUGUUCGGUGUGAUCUGUGUGGUGUUAACAAAUGAAAUGGGUAGGCCCAUGCACAACAACAUCACACCAGCCUAAUGUAAACACAUGUCCACACACAUACAUGACACACAAUUAGCACACACAUAGGAGUAGUUGAUAUUUUAUACAGUAUGUUGGUUAUUUGACUAUAAGUCUAAGUAAAGACUGUUGUGUAUUUGUGUAUUCAGACUGGGCUGAAAGAAAGAGGCGUUUCCAUAAGAACAGAACAAGAGUCUCACCAUCCUCAGUGUUCUGAGAUGAUGUUAUAUUGGAAAUGAAUCAGAGAAAUAAUGAGCACAAAUACAAUCAAUUAUGUCAUUAGCCAAACUAUAAAAGAUUGUCACAAUAAUAAUAAUUAUAAUUUAAAGAGUUAAAAGAAUGUAUCAAAAGACUUCACUGGUGCCCCAGAUUUAAAUUGAGUGCACAUGAUGAUUUAAUUAUGUUUCUUUUUUGUUGGUUUGUUUUGAUUCUUGCAGAAUUUGAGUGAGAAAACCUACAGGUUGGUCCUAGUGAGCUGCUAUACCCUGGUUAAUGUCUGCUUCACUGUUGUCCCUAUUUUAGGAACUAAUUUGUGAGUUGAUUGUUUCAGUAAACACAUAUUGUAUUUAAAGAGGCGAUUUACAGACCUUUGCACAGACCUAAGACCUCUCAAUAGUGCCCAGUUUUUCAUGUUGAUCAGAACCACCACCCUUUUAAUUUCAGGGCAGUAACAAGAAUUUAACUUCAUAGAUUGUGUAACAUUACAUUUCUGCACUCUUGUACGUAAACAUAUCUUAAGCUUGACUUACUUUUGUAUAUGAUUAAUUUCAGUAUAAAUGUUCUGAUACUCUUUAAACUGAUGUUUACAGCAAUGGCAAUGUGCACUCUAGGGUGUGUGGCAGAAUAGAGUUUGAAUGACUGUGUGGAAGAAGUUACGAGCAACUCUUUGAUUUGAAUUUGUUCUUUGAUUUGAAUCUGUGAUUUGCCAUGCCAAGGACACAAAUAAAAACUACAAAUUGUGAUUCCUACUAUCGCAUGCAGGUAGGCCUGUGUUAGAUUAAAGCUCCAACCCUGGUUUCCUUCAGUAUUCACCUGAUAACAAUUUUAAAGAACUGUAUCUACUGGACUCAUAAAACAUGUAGACAGUUGUGGACUUUGUAAUGACCCAAAUACCACAGGUAGUGAAUACACCCUUUGGUUGUAAACUUUCCUUCCUAGGAAAUGCGAAAGAGAUCAGGAAAAAAAGUCACAGACAUAAAAACAUGUACCAAUUUGUGACCAUAACAAAAUGCUACAUCAGGACUAUCCCACCCUUAACACAACAAAUGCACAGUUUAGAAUAGCAGCAUUUCAUCAAUGACAACUAAGUUACACCAACUGUGAGCAACUGCAUGAGGUGCUAAUUAGAAUGUCAAAAACUUAACACUCAUAUCCUAUUAAUAUGAGUUGAGUACACUGCAAUACAAAGCUGUGUAGCUAGGCUAUGAUUAUUUAAUGAACUGUUUUAUUUUCAAACCUGAAACAAGGCUGUUGUACAGAAUGUACAGAAAACCACGGCACAACUAUCACAUCUUGUGAAUGUAAAUAAUUAAAUGCUACAUCUCCACUGACACACAUAUUUUGGUACAGUAGCCUAUGACAACUCAACUACACAAGUUGUAAGACCUAAUAAGUAGAUGAGAAGAGUCCAAUCUCAUGUCUUCUCAUGAACUCAUGGACUUAUUGGCAGAUAGCUAGAAUCCUAAUUAGCAGCAGCCUACUUUGAAUGAAAUGGGCUGGUCUUCUUAAGCAAUGUUAGUUAAGCAUUACUUAAGUAUAUGAAUUAAAAUCAAAAACCCAGGCGAGGGAGUGUGAUGCUCUGGGAAUAUUGUGCUGGGGUACCCUGGGUCUGGGCCUAAAUGUGGGUCUCAAUUUGACAUGCCACCUACCUGAACGUAAGACACAGUUGUGAUGUCUUGAAUGCUGACGAUUUGUAUAUCUGCUGCAAUGUUAGAAAGAAAUAAUACACCACAGGCAGUGUUAUAUUUCAUCAUACUGACGGCACUGUCACAUUGACUUCCCCUUCUGGAUGCAGGCCCACACACUGUGAUCCCUCACACAUAUACACCAUGUGAUGAAGGAUCCCUGACCUCAAACCACAGUCUUUGGAGCAAUGAACCGUGCACCCUGACCAUGACUACAAAGAGCUUGGCUUGUUCGUAUGGCUGUCAGAGCACAAACUCAAUCAUAGUGACAGUACUCCCUCACUAAUCAGUUCUCUGUUGUCUUUGUUUAUCACAGUACCUGGCAACUAUUCUCAGCCUCAGAUAGUGCCACUGACAUGCAUACGGCUGAUGUGCAUGAGCAGGUCAAGAAACUGGCAAUUUGAAUCAGGAAGGAUGAUUGUGCUUUAACACUGCACACUGUACCAGGAACUGUCAUAUAUAGUUAGGGAUAACAGGUUCAAGAACCAAGGAUGUCUUUAUUAUUCCAAAGGUCCGAUUUAUUGUAGUCAGCACUAUCCAAACAAACAUCUGACGAACAAUGAUAAUUGGACAAUAGAUACAACAUAAAAAUGGGUUAAAAAAAAAAAUGCCAGUUAACAAUGAUUACAACAUAAAAGUCACAUUUAAUUAUUUAAAGGGUCAAUGACUGUCGGGACAAAUUAGUUCUUAAAUCUGUUUCUCCUGCAUGUUGGCAAAUUUGAUCUGCAGCCAGAUGGAAACAACUUGAACAGGAGGUGGCUAGGAUCAGCCAGGAUUGACUGGGCCUUCCUCAAAGUCCUGACCUUGUACAGGUGAAUUAAGGUCUUACCUGCAAUUUUGCUGCACAUUUUGACGUACAUUGCAAUCUGUUUCUAUUUUUGAAGUAAAGUCACCCGUACCAGCUGACAAAAGAGAAUGAGGACAGAUUCAAUAAAACAAGAAUAAAACAUUUGCAAAAA